AUGUAAAGCUGAGGACGUUACUCCGCAAACCACACUGGGCCCCAAUGGAGUCGGUGCAAUCAGCUGUGCAUCAUAUAUUGUUAUGAUAAACAAGUAAUGAACGGCGAAAAUACACAAUUAAACAAUGGAAGGAAUGCUGUAUAAGUGGACCAAUUACAUAAGUGGUUGGCAGCCUCGUUGGUUUGUGCUUGAUGGAGGAACUUUGUCUUACUAUGACUCUCAAGAGGAUGCCUGGAAAGGUUGCAAGGGCAGCAUUAAAAUUUCAGUUUGUGAAAUACAAGUUCAUUCCUCCGACUCUACACGAGUUGACCUGACCAUACCAGGAGAGCAGUACUUUUACCUCAAAGCCAUCAAUGCAGCAGAAAGGCAGAAAUGGCUGGUGGCAUUGGGAACAGCCAAAGCUUGCCUCACAGACAACCGAACGAAGAGAGAAAAAGAGCUCCAGGAGAACACAGAGGCACUGAAAACUAAGAUGUCAGAACUCAGAUUGUACUGUGACCUUCUUCUCCAACAAGUAAACAAGAUCAAGGAGAAUGAUGAGCUGGGAGACUCAGCGGAGACAGGUAUAGACACUGGAAACAUGGUGAAGUCGACAUGCACCACGUUCCUUAAGACCCUAGAGGAAUGCAUGCAGAUAGCAAAUCGUACCUUUAGUUCGGAUAUGGCAACACAGAGUCCACCAGGAUCUCCUCCAGUAGCAGCCAUCAAACCCCAGAAGCAGGUUAAACCAGUCAAUCAUUUAAAUCAGAACCUUGGAGAAAAAUGGAGAGAUUUGGCUGAAACCACAGGAGAAAUUGCACAUGACAACCAGAGCCUUGACUCUGGAGCAGAGGGACCAGAAGAAUCAGAUAGACCAGAGCAUCAUCCUUCCCCAUCAGACAUUGAAGCAAGCGAUGGUAACGGCUCAGUCCACGAGGAGCAAGUUGAUCCUACUCCACACACUACCCAGAAUUCCUCUGACACUGAACACUACGACCAACCACCAGAAGGGGCUGAGGAAAAUGAAGAUGAUGAAAAGGAGACAAAACAAGAGCAGGAGCACAAAGUGGACCAAAGUCAAGAGCACGACAACAACAACAAGGAAGUGAACGCUGUCCAGCCGCAGCACCAACAGGAGACUGUCACAGACCAAGACGAGGGUCAACAUGAAGGCGAGACGUCCAGAGAUUCAACAGAGACCGAAGAUACAGAGCAGGUGGAAACUUUCUUCAGCACAAUGAGUCACAGAUUUAGUGAUAUAAGACUGGACGACGACAAUGGUAUCCCUACACAAGAGUUUUUGGACUCAUGCUAUGCAAUAGUGCCUGUAUUAGACAAACUGGGGUCCACAGUCUUUGCACCAGUUAAAAUGGAUUUUGUUGGAAAUAUCAAGAAAAUUCACCAGAAGUUGAUGUCAGACCCCGACAGCUUCCCCACACUACAGUCCAUCGUGCUGCAUGAAAUCCACACAGAUGUUGCCCAGGUGCGCAACUCAGCCACCGAGGCUCUGCUAUGGCUCAGACGAGGCCUGAAGUUCCUCAAAGAGUUUCUGUCAGAGGUCAACGCAGGACAACAAGACAUCCACGGAGCACUAAAUAAUGCCUAUGGAAAGACCCUUCGACAGUACCAUGGAUGGGUUGUGCGAGGAGUGUUCGCUUUGGCCCUGAGAGCUGCCCCAUCUUAUCAAAGUUUCACCGCUGCCUUAGUGUCAAGAGAGGGCGACGAGCUGAAGAGCGGCUUCAGCAGCGGCAUGCACAGGGAUCUGGGCAUGUACCUGCCUGCCAUGGAGAAACAGCUGGCCAUCCUUGAUGCUCUGUAUGAAGAAUACAACCUGGAGUCUGAUGAGGUGGUGUGAAACAUGGAACAAAGAAAGGAUUAGAGUAUAAGGAAGGACAGAACCUGACAUGCAGGGGCAGAGUAGUGUCUAACUGCUGAAGGAAGGUGCCAGAUGCCAAGUUUAUCUUGUGUACAAAAUAAUGUGGGCAUGUCCCGUGCCAGUGUGAGGUGUUUCCAGUGGUUCUUAAACUCUUCGACCGUUAGAUGGUCCAGGUUUGAAGAAGGUGUUACUGUCUGUAGGAGCCCAGAAGGAGCAAAGGACGCAUUAACAAUGAAGACAUUAUGGUGUGAUGAAAUGUAGAUUCCAGGUCUUGUUCGAAAGGCCAUUGACAGUGUAGGGGUAUUAAGCCCUGUAUGCAGAAUACAAACCAUAAUUAUUCAUGGUGACAUUUGUUUCUGAUGCACCUUGUGUCGCUGUAUUGUGGCUUUUUAUGUACUGUACGUGUUUGAAGGUACAUAACCACAAGGUAUUUGGCUCUACUUCCCUGGAUGAUCAUUUGUGAUUCUCCUUAAACUGAUCAGAAUGCAAAGAAAUCUUUAAUCAAGAUUGCCAUUUCCUCAGAGUCACGAAACAAGGUGAUUCUUGCAACCAACACAAAGCACUACUUUGACAAGGGCAGUGUUAGAUUGUCACAAUGCUCAUUAUAUGCCUUAAGUAUGUGUUGGAAAAACAUACUGGGCUAACUCUUAGUGUAUUAGGCAAGCUGUUUUUUUUUGCACUGACUGUUGAUGCUUAGUAGAAAUUAUGAUCAAUAUUGAUUUUGUUUCUUUUCCCGAAAUUUUAGUCCAAAUCCUGUAGUUUAACAGUGUAUGAAUUUGUUUUACAUCGCUGACACGUUAGAGACUUUCCAUGGGACCAAAAAGGAAGUGUCAUGUGAAUGGCUUUAGCCUCCGCUGCCUACAGUACCACAACACACAAGAAUGAAAUAAUACAGUGUAUCUGUUAAAGUACUCAAAACUGCUGAAUAUUUAUGUGGACAACCUCUGCACAAACCUAUGCAUUUUCACAAUGACUAUUUAUUAUGUCUUAAAUUAUAAAGUUCACAUUAAUGUCAUGGGGAUCAUUUUCAGUCUGGCUUUUGUAUGAAUGUAUGGACAUUUCUAUCCAUAGAGCAUGUUUAUUGAUUGCAUGGUUUUAUGUAUUAAGUAACAUAGGUGCCAAUGGAAACUGAAUCUAGGCCAAGGCCUUGAAUUAGAUUAAUAAUUGUAAAGGGAAUAGAUUGUGAAGACAUCGCUUCUCCUUAAUCUGUGUACUGAUAAUGUAACAGUAACCUUCAGCAAGUCUGCUCUACAGAUUUCAGCUUUUUUUUUUAACCAUCUCGUCCAUGCACUGUUCUAUAUGUACUUGAGUGUUGUUACCAGCUGUACUUUAAUACUACAUGAUGUCAAUUCAACAAUAAAAAAAAAAAAUCCGUGGUAAGACACCACCUGGCCAGGUUAAAGUGUGGCCGUAGAUUCACUGAGCCAUUCGAACAAAGCAGGAACAUUCUCAUAGGGCUUUUUUACUGAGACAUGCCGCAUAGUAUUUUUAACUUUAUUCAAAAAAUUCUUUUGAGUUUUCAGAAAUGCAUACAGUAAAAACUGCACAGAUGCACGGAAGUGCAAUAGGCCAAUUUCCUGUUCCAAUGUUAAUCCUGAAAAUAUGCUAUUGUAAUAUGAUAAACAUUUGUUUCUUUUUCUAUGACUGUAUAUAAGAUGCUAUUUGAUUUUUACUUAAUAAACAAUUGAGAUGU